AUGCUGAAAGUUUCUUUCCACCUCCUGACUUUAAGAGUCUUAAUUUCUUGCAUAGGCAUUGUGGGUAAUGUUUUUCUCAUCUUCUCCAUAAUUCAGACCAGGGUCUCCUCGGUCAAGACGUUUCAGCUGUUUCUUCUAGGACUGGCUUCAGCCAACCUGGAGGAGAUUGUCAUUGUCAACAUCUAUGACAUUAUUAUUCUUCAGAGGUCCUACGAGGUCUUGGAGGCAUGGUUGUGCCGCUCACUGAAAUUCUUGACGGUGUUGGGGGAAAUCGGCAGCAUCCUCUUCACCGUCCUCAUCGCCAUCUAUCGCUACCAGAAACUCAGAUACGCCAACAAGAGAGUCCACCUUGACAUCUGCCUGGAUAACAUUCAUGCCGCUUGGACAGCAAUUGGGCUUUGCAUUGGUAUCUCCAUCUUCUUGAGUGCCCCCAUUUUUGUCAUGAACUUGCAAGGCCCGACAGGGAAUCUCAUGGGGAACUAUACAUGGAAUCACACGGGAUGCCCGCCGGACUUCUUUCUAUGCAGCAACAACCACUGUCCGACGGUUAACCGCGUUUACAAGUACACCUUCAUUCUGUUGUGUUACCUGUUGCCUCUGACUAUAGUGACGGUUACAAGUUGCCUCAUCGUCACAGUGUUGCUUGGCCCGAGGACCACAGUGAAGCCCAUCGCCACUGUGAGUGGCUUGACCCAGAAUCAGAAAAGGUGUAACGUUCGAGGGCUCCGCCGGAGCACCAUUGCAAUCCUGGCGGCAAUGACAUUGUUUCAGGUAGAUUGGACUCUUUAUUUGGUUUUCCAAAUGACUUUCAAUGCCACUGACUUUCCUUUUUGGGCAGAAUUGGAGUUCUUUAUUUCAACGUCCUACACAUCCAUCAGUCCAUACGUGUUUGGUAUUGGUAAAAGCUUGUUUUCCAACAAGAACUUUUGCAAAAAGUAA